AUGGACCCUCUAUCCGUGGUCUCGGGCAUUGUCGGGACCGUGGCAUUUGGGGUCAAGGUACUUUCAGCCUUGCGUGGAUUAGCGGAGGGAGUUAGGUCAGCGCCGGAGGAACUAAAGCUUCUUACUCGGGAGGUCGAGGACCUCUGCAAGAUCAUGGACAAUUUCCAGAAGAAGACGAAAGGACAGAUUGUGAACCAGGAUAUUGAAGACGGCUCCCGGACUAUCCUGGAUAUCUUCGAGCAACUCGGGCAAUUGAUAGCUGAGCAUACCAUUUCUGAGGAGGAUGGGUUCCUCAGGAAAGGUUGGAAGCAAGUUAAAUGGUGUUGCAUCGAGAAGGGCAUCACCGGUUUGCGCGCACAUUUGAAUUCGAGAAAGGGGAAUUUGCUUGUUGCAUUGGCGCUUGCAAAUGAGUGAGCUGCUCCUCUUGCAGUAGGGAUUUCUAGACUUCAAAUAAGUGCUAAUUGAGGGUAAAAUGGGCCAGGCUUCAGAACGGCCAUUCAAGCAGGAGACUGGAGAGGGUUCAAGGGACGCUCGAGGAAGUCGUUGACAGACUCCAAGAUCAUGGCAUGCAAACCGUAGCUACCUGUGAGAGUUUUACAUUGCAAAGGUGGAAAGAAGUUCCCUCCACGACUGCUCUUUCGUCACGUCCGACAACUCCGGAUGGCCGGGUUUCUGUCGCUCCUUCGGAGUCUGGGAUACUCUCAGAAGCAGGUUUCUCGGAACGGAGCAUUCCGAUGAGCGCAUAUCAGUAUAAUGAAAUGGGGGCCAGAGGAAUUGGGGUUCUGGUCUCUGACGGAACGCAGACUAAGGCGUACACAGUGAGGAAUGCCAAGCAGAGGGGGGCAGCCGAUUCGAAGCCUCCGGAGACGGGAGUUCCUAGAUCAGGGUCUCCUGCAAGUUUCUCCACACCGCCAACCAGAUCCUCAAAGUCAACACCACUUGUUAGUAUACCGGAACCGGAGGAGGGAGACGGGGCUCAGGGUUGCAGAGACGACGGCAAACCGAAAGAGGCCCCAGUCAUCCAAGCGUUUAUCACAAUCCCGAGCAAAAUAGAGUGUCUAAUGCCACGUGAGGCACUCCGCAACGCGCGGCAUCAUCUGGAGAAUUUCCGUAAGCCUAGAUCUAAGGCCGAGGAACUAGAGGGUGGUGGUGGGGCUGUGCAUAAGUUACGGGAUGCCUCUCUGGCAGUGAUUCUAAAUGCACCGCCGUUGCGGGUGCUGGCCUGCGAACCGGUGACCCGCCACGAAUCUCGUAAACUUGCGGUGGAGAGGUUUUUGCAAGUACUGAAGACCUCUCCGGAUUUGACGUCCGGGAAUCUGUUUGGAGGCCCGGGGAAUAUUCGGAAGCCACUGGUAAGGGUCUCAUCACCCGGCACUUUUAGCCAUUCUAACCAAAAGGUUUAGAAAGAGAAGACAUAUGCUAUAUGCCACCUUGUUGUCCCGAUGUCCUUAUCGCUAGCGAUGUAUUCUCAGAUGAUUCAAUCUUCCUGGAAAAAGCCGGCCCGCCGACGUUAUCAAAAGAUGAUUUCUUUCCGCUCCAAGCCGACGGACGCGCCCGAUCAGUUAGGCAGGCCAGUGGGGAGUGGUCUUACAACCAUGCUCACCCCGGGAAGGUAGUUACGCAGUUCCUGGAAGGUCUACUCGUAUUGUGUCGAGUUUUUAGAGGAUGGGUUAAGUAUUGGCGGAAAUCACACGUCGGGGGGGGGG